UGGGUUUUGGCCUGACAGAGUGAAACGUUACGGUCGGCCAACCUCUUUUCUUUGGACAAACCCGGAUGUUAAUCGUCUGUCUCCCUCUGGCUGGAAGCGAGAGAGCAGCCUCCGACACAUGUAACCUCUUCAGUUUGUUGGAUAAAAAGGUGAUGAACUUGGAGCUGUUUCUUGGCACCAAAGCGCUGAUGAAACAGUCCACAGGUAAAAGAAAAAAACUUCAGUCACUGACGUCACCGUGCUUCAAGGUGUGAGUGUUUGUGUGUGUGUGUGUGUGUUGGCAAGGUGUGUGUAUGUGUGUAUUGAGAGUGCUUUGUAGUGGUGAUGUACUGUAGCUAUCAGGACCGUGAGGAGUUGGAGGAUGAUCUCUACCAAGAAGAUGACAGGGACUCUGACGGGUCAGAGGCCAACAGCGAGCUGGAGUUCCGCCUCUACAGCCAGCUCCACUACUCCUCCAAUGCUGGAGAGGUAGAGGAGCAGGAGGACAAAGGAGACGAGGGAGAGGGACAGGGUCAGGACAGCCAGCAGCUUGAGGAGACCAACAAGACUGCAAACGUUGAUGGAGAUGGAGAACUGGAAUGCACUGCAGAAAUCAGGCCUCCAUCAUCUAAUGCUGUCAAGCUACAACAAGACCUGAAGAAGAAGAAGAAGAAGAAGAAGGUAGAGAAAUGUGAUAAACAGAAGAAGGGGAAAAGUCACCUUAAAGGCCAGAGGUCGUCAUUAUCACUUUUUGAGGAGGUCAUCGUCAUUGACUCUGGCCCUGAUGUUAUCUCCAUCUCUGAGGAUGACACUGCCGAUGAUGACAUAGGGGUCUGUGCCUUAAAGGGUCGGAGUUUACACCAGCAGCAGACAUCCACCCCGGCCCAAAAGACAUCCCAGAAAAGGAGGAAGAAUCUCAUAGUCCCAGUGGCUGUGGACUCAAGCAGCUCGGAAUCUGAUUCAGAAGAAUCGGAGUCCAAACCUGAGACUGAUUCAUCUGAUUCAUCUGAUUCAUCUGAUUCAUCUGAUUCAUCUGAGUCGUCUGAGUCGUCUGAGUCAUCUGAUUCAGACGGUCUGGAGAACUGGAUGCUCCUGGGUCGAGGAAAUCAGGAUGGAGACCAGACGAUCUCACUUAACCUGGAGGGCGGGUCUGACAGUAAUGCAGAUGCUGAAGAAAAAGAUCAAGAUGGUACCUGGUUGGUCUCUGAUAAGGACAAGGAGGCUCAGAUCUUCAACAAAGACAAAGGUUCCAGGAUAGCGGUGCAGCGAGUUUCAAACAGAUACUAUACCGGCAAGAACGUCCAAUGUAGAAACUGCAACAAGCACGGACAUCUCUCCAAAAACUGCCCCGAGCCCAAAAAGUUGUCUCCCUGCUUCCUUUGUGGCACCACAGGCCACGUGGUCAGCGCAUGUCCCAAUAAACACUGCAACAACUGCGGGAUGCCUGGUCACCUGUAUGAUUCCUGCAGCGAGAGGGCGUACUGGCACAAACGGUGUCAUCGCUGCAGCAUGACGGGUCACUUCUUUGACGCUUGUCCAGAGAUCUGGAGACAGUACCACAUCACGACUAAGACAGGUCCUCCAGUGAAGCAGCGGGGAGAGGACCAGGGUCGAACCCCCGCCUACUGCUACAACUGCUCCAAGAAAGGUCACUUUGGCCAUGCGUGUACACGACACAGAAUGUUUAAUGGAACGUAUCCCAGCACCCCAUUCAUCAACCAUUAUGACACCGUGGAGGACAUCAACCGCAGACAACACAGGAUAAAGAUUAAGGUUAAAGACCUGAAGAAAAAUGGCUUUCUCCCUGCCAGCUCUCAGGCCCCUCUCACUCCAGGACCGCCGAAGAAGAAACAGAAAACCAGCCAUCACAAAAACAACCACCAACCUAACCAUACACCUCAUCAAACCCCCAACAACUACAAACCCAGCCCCAGCCACAUCUUUUUUACUGACCACAAUGACUUUACUGCUGUGAAAUCUAAAACAAAUGAGCACAACAAGUACAAACAGCAGGAAAGCACGGGUGCAGGGAAACCGUGGAAACCCAAGAGACCGGUUCCGACCUCGAGAGACCAGCUCCCAAAAGCUAAACUAAUUUUGGAUGAAGCGGAUGACUUUCCCAGAGGGGGAGGCAGAGGAGAGAACACAGAGAAGAAGAAUAAGAGAAGGAGGAUGAAGAAAUCGAAGAAAGUUCCUCCAGAGGGACACGGAGAUAGCAGACCAGACGGUCUGUGCUGGACUGUAACUGGGGCGAUGCAGGGGUCGGGGUCAAAGAAACCAGAAGGAGAAAACAGAAAGAAGAGGAAAGCUGCUGCCCGCAUGUUGGCUAGCAAAAAAAAACGUGCUGCACCGAUGUACCCAACUGAUGAGAACCUGUUUAUUAUAAAACAAAGGAAACGCAACAGAUAGCAUCAGUUUGUGUGACGUGUGGGUGUCAGGGGCUGUCAGGGCUGCAAACUUUAUGACCAGAGUAUUUUUGUGUUCACGACAGGGACGUGUUAAACAUGUUGUCGUCUCAGGACGUUCAUAUUGUUUCAUACGGUAAAGCUGAUCCAUAUUCACACAGAGGCAUCUCUUCAUGACAUCUUCACAGGUUUCCCUUGAUAUAUUUUGAGUGACAGGUGAAGUAACAGUUCAUAUAGUCAGGUUAGUUUUA